UUCGAUGAAAUCUGGUAAAAAUUAUUUAUAUUCUGGUUUUAAUUUUUAUUUAAUCUGUGUUGAGGUUGUCAACGUUUAUAAUAUAAAUGAAUUAUUUUUUGAAUAAAAAAAAAUUAUUUCUGCAUUACAUAACAAUUAAUAUUAUAUUGAAUAUUAUGAAGAUUUCUUGUGUGUAGGCUGUAACAAAUUAUGCGAACUCUGAAUUGUUAUGGUUGAUGAGAUGUCUCCGAUACUCUUGUUAUUCCGUUUUUGUGCUUGACCAGUGUAACAUUUGAUACAUUUUCCUCUACCAGUCGAUUUUUGUACUAUGGCGCUUCAUAGAAAAAGUUCUUCUGGGUCUAAACCACAGCUAAAAGAAAAAGUUGUGCAAAUAUAUGAAUCAUUUUUCAGAGGUGAAGAUAUUGUAAAAGAUAAUGAAAACUUUUGGGAUGAGUUUUUUCUACUUAAACCGAAAACUUCUUAUAUUGAAUCAGAAAUUGAGAAACUAACUAUUGAUCAACUUAUUUUAUUGCAAGACAAUAUGCGAAUCCUGUUACUCAAGUGCAUUGAAACAUUUGAACAGGAACAUCAACUACGAAUAAUAUUUUCUUUAAAGACGUUGACAAGUAUAAUAAGCAGUUUUUAUAAAAAAUUCAGAAUUAAUCGAACUUUUGAUUUUACAUCUAUUCUAGUCACGCCGAAAAACACAGAUGUUGUUUUUGAAAAUUUAUUGACAAAAUGCAAUUUAAUGUUAUGUGAACCUAAAUGUAUUGUUGUUAAAGAUUUGUGCCUACAGUUUUUACUAACUAUUGUCACUGGAACAGAUAAUCUCAAUGAAAACAUAAUAAUUCGUCACUUAAUGACGAGUAGUAUUUUUGAACCUUUGAUUGAAAUAAUGUCAAAUAACAUUUACCGAACAUAUCAUGGUUACGACACAAUAUUGUUGUUAACAUUAUUAAUGAAUGUGGAAACUGAUAAAAAAACUAAUCCAUAUGUUGUCAAACUGUCAUUGCUUGACAAAGAAGAUGUUUUAAAUGGUUAUAGCCAGAUUAUACGUUGGUCAUUAAAAGAAAUUUGUCGACAAUAUCGAUCUGAUGAAGUAGCACAACAGUCAAAUAAUACAUGGUUUAAUGCAUUUACAAAUGUAGUUAGUAAUAUGCUGUUCUUGCCAGAGAGUAAUGAAGAACAUACAAUUGAAGUCCCCAAAGGAGUAAGAUCAAUGAGUGGAAUACUUAUUGCUUUAUUCAAAGCUGUACAUUGCAACCGUAACUUUAUGACUACAUUAACAUAUUGCCAUAUUUCUAACGGCUAUGAAAUGCAUCCAAGCGUUAUGCAGCAAUCAGAGUCUGAGGCCAUGGCUAACUUAGAUCUCAAACCGCCAACAGAUAAUCAAUUUUCCAAUCUUCUAGUCACCUUCUUUCAAUAUUGCUCGAUUGUAAUGCAAGAUACAAAGACUGAAGCUAACGCAAACAAUUCAUUGUUAUGUUUUAUAAUAUUAUCGAGCAUUACUGAUGACCAGUUUGCUAACUCUUUAAUGCAUGAUGUCAACUUACAGUUCAAAGUUGAUUUAUACCGAUCGUCUAAUAGACGAUAUAUGUUUGUACCCGAUAAGUCAUCAAAACCAUUAGCAGCUGCACUUUUAGAUUUGAUGAUUGAAUUUAUGCUGGGACACAUGAUGAAAAAGUUACCUCUCGAACAGUACAUGAAAUGUAUAAGCAUUAUUCAUCGUCUAAUCUGCUAUCAAAAACGAAACAGUGUGCGUUUAAGCUACAAUUGGAAAGAUUUGUGGAGUUCUCUAAUUAUGUUACUGAAAUUUUUAAUGACUUAUGAACAUCAGCUUUCUCAAGAGAUGAAUAUUUUUGAUUUAGGAAUUCAGAUUGUUAAUAUAUUUAACUUAUUCAUUACAUAUGGUGAUAUGUUGCUACCAUCACCGAGCAGUUAUGAUGAAUUAUACUAUGAAAUCAUUAGAAUGCAUACGGUAUUUGAUAACAUUUAUGUACUGUCAUCAAGAAACUCAUCAACGUUAGGUGAACACAAAACAUCUGCUACAAAAUUAGCCAACUCUUUAAUAAAUAUCAGAGCCAUCAUCAACCACUACAUACCGAAAAUUGAUAAUUGGCUUGAGAAAAAUUCAGUUAGAACACCAGUUGGUGAAGAUAUUUUAGAAGUGGUCCGAAAUAAUUAUGAUACAUUAACACUGAAACUGCUUGAUUGUUUGGGAAGUGUUGAUUCCAACAAAUCAACUCAUGAUCUAUCAAGUGUUAUGCUUAUCAAGCUAAUGACGAGUAAAGUUAUUAAAGAUACUCGUCAGUCAUUGAAACACACAAACAUGGAUUUACAACAAGUCUUGCAAAAUUUCACAUUGUACACUAACUAGAUUAUUAAGUACAUUCAAUAAUAACAGUAUUAUGCCAUGUUUUAAAAACUAUUUUAAUGUGAUCAAACGUAGUUUUUAAUAUAACUAAGGAUUGUGCUAUUGUUUUAGUCAAUAAAAUUCUAAAUGGGAAUAAUAUUAAUUUAUUUAAUAAAUUUAAAUAAAUAUUAUUAUAGCAUGGUAUUUUAUUUAACUAUU